AUGGAUACAACACUCAAAUCCUCUGUCACAUUCUUCACUGUUUUUCUUCUUGUUUCCUUCUUUAUCUCUUUGCUUCCUAAAGUGUCCGAAGCUAGGCCAUUGCUAAGUCCAUUACAAGGCCAGGAAGGUCUAAUUGGAGUCUUUAGGACAUUGAAGGGAGAUGGUCCAUCGCCUGGAGUUGGACACAGGCUUAUCGGAGGGAUGAAGGAUUCUGGUCCAAGUUCCGGCGGUGUUGGCCACAGGAUUAUUGGAGGGAUGAAGGAUUCAGGUCCAGGUUCUGGUGGCGUUGGGCACAAAUACAUAACCAACAACAACAACCAUUCAUAA